AUGGAGUACUUUGACAAAAUGCAAACCGGGAACCAAAAUUUUUUCCAUGCUCAACGUUUGAAUGAAGAAGGGAGGCUUAAGGAUGUGUUGUGGGUGGAUGCAAGAAGUAGGGUAGCUUAUGAGGACUUUGGUGAUGCGGUUUGCUUCGACGCAACAUACCUAACGAAUGAGUACGAGCUCCUGUUUGCGAACUUUGUUGGUGUGAACCACCAUGGGAAAUCGUUGUUGUUGGGAUGUGCUUUUGUUUCACAUGAAGACUGCGAUACGUUUGCGCGGAUAUUUCGACAGUGGUUAGCUUGCAUGAACAAUCAAGCUCCUAAAUCCAUAUUGAUCGACCAAGCGGCAGCUAUGCGGAGGCCCCUUGCUGAAGUCAUGCCAAACACGGUGCAUCGUUGGUGCAUAUGGCAUAUCAUGAGCAAGAUCCAUGAGAAACUUGGCAAGUGUGCACGUUACCAGGAGUUCGUCAACCCCCUCAAAGAGCUGGUAUAUGAGAGCUUUGACCCCGAGGAGUUCCAAACCCGAUGGGCAGAGUUUAUUGCUGAGUAUAAGUUAGAGGACAAUGAAUGGCUAAAGAGCCUACACAAAGACAGUCAUAUGUGGGUGCCUGCGUACAUGAAGGAGUUUUUUUGGGCCGGUAUGAAGACCACACAAAGGGUGGAGAGCAUAAAUCAGUUUUUUGACAGCUAUGUGAACCGCAAAACAAAACUCCAUGAGUUUCCUCAAAAGUAUUGCAUGGCCUUGGAUCAACGCGUUCGAGAUGAACUGAGUGCAGAUGCGUGUUGCUCGAAGUACCUUAGGAGGUUGGUUAGUGGAUUCAAAGUCGAAAAAAAAUAUUCCAAAAGUUAUACACGGACAACAAGUUUCAAGAAGUUCAAAAGGAGUGUACGAGAAUGA